CGCACUUUUUACACCGCGACGCCAUCGCGACGCAAUAAGCACGUGGGACACGUCACCGAUUAAAAAUUGAGAAUAACGACGUACACAAUAGAACAAACUUUCAAUUCAACCACUUUUUCCGUUUCAUACAUGAUUAUUCACCCCAUAACUGCAUGGCAUGAUGGUUCACGCAACGGAUUCCAGUGAUUCUGCAAUUCUGCUGUCAAAGCCCAGCGAUGAGAAACCCGUCGUCUUCGAAAGAACAAUCGUCGAGUACGAAGACCUGUCCGAAAGAUUCAAACACGGGUCAAAAGAUUUCAGCAGACAAUUUUUCCACGUUUAUUCUAUCAGACUCAGAGCUCUGACGGAACCGCUCGCUGAAAGAGCUAAGGCGAAGUGGGGAAAUGUCACGAUCUACAAGCUCGCCGACCUGGAGGAUGCUCAGGGUAAACGAGCCGUUGUAAUCGGAACACUGUACAAGCACCAGGAACUAAAACCGUCAAUACUACGUGAGCUCAGCGAAGAACAGCAGCUGGCACCCCCGACACCCAGAAUCAAUUACUGUUCUAACAAAGAUCAAUUGUUUUUGGAGGAUGAAAUGCUAAGGAUAAAAAUUGUCGGGAAUCACGUCAACAUAAAGGAUAUGGUUACUGGAAUUGUCUGUGCUGUUAUAGGCAAAGAAAAUGAAGACGGCACCUUUGAUGUAGAAGAUUGGUGUUUUCCUGGCUGUGUGCCUAGACCAGCCAUCUCAGCUUCACAAAAUGCUGGCAAAUUAUUAUUAAUUUCGGGAUUGGAUCUGGCAAACAGAGUAGAAAGUAUGUCGCUAAACCUUUUGACCGAGUGGAUAGAUGGAAUGAUAGGGGAUCCUGCCGUUCAAAGAGAGGAAGCCUCAAUUGUCAGAGUAAUCAUAGCCGGAAACAGUAUCAGAGGCAGUGCUGAGAUACACACGAGCAAAGGACAUUCGGGUGGUAAAGCGCAGGAUUCGGCAGCAGCUAAAGAAACGGCAUUUGCUGCACAAAGAUUCGAUAUGUUUCUGAGCCGAAUUGUCGAAUCCUGCUGUGUCACUCUAAUGCCCGGCCAAUUUGAUCCAACCAAUCAUAUGAUACCUCAGCAACCGUUGCAUCCAUGCAUUCUACCAAAGUCAGCCAGAUUCAAAAGCCUGCAAGGGGUGACGAAUCCAUGGGUCGGUAGACUGGGCUCUCGCAUUGUGAGUGGCACAAGUGGACAGCCUAUUGAAGAUAUAAUGAAAGUGUGCGACGUAUCCAAUGUCUCGCCGCUUGUUUGGUUAGAGCGAACCUUGAGUUGGAGACAUUAUUGCCCCACGGCACCGGACACUCUAUCGUCUUAUCCGUAUUAUGAAAAAGACCCUUUCAUUAUAGAGGAAUGCCCGGAUAUAUAUUUCGCUGGAAAUAUGGAAAAGUACGAGAGCAGUCUGUGGAAAGGUGAGGAUGGACAGACAGUAAGAUUAAUUUGCGUACCUCGAUUCUGUGAUUCUGGUACUGCGGUUCUAGUUGAUCUUGACACGUUGGAUGCUCAAGCUAUAUCAUUUGGCUCAAGCUGAAUCGUUACAUCAUAAUUAUAAUCACUAGUAAGUGCCUUACUUUUUCCAAUUCAGAGUGUUGCAGUCUUCCUGAGUAUCAUGUUUAGUGAUUUAACAACAAUAAACCUUUCACAAGUUCUGUAAAUA